AUGUCAGAUCAUGUUCUUGAAGCAAUAAACUAUAUAAAGCACAUGGAGAAGAAUAUUGGAGAAUUCGAAGUAAAGAGGGAUAAACUGAGAAACUUAACGGGUGAAUCGAGCAAUCUAGAUAGCAAAAAAGUUAAUGAAACAAACUCUUUGUCUAUUACGUUCACAGUGGAGCCAUGCUCGGGUGGUGGAUUUGAGAUUCUAAUGAAGAAUUACUUGACAGAUAAUAAUUGGUUUUCUCUUUCAAGGAUACUGGAUGUGCUGCUUGAUGAAGGUAUAACUGUUGUUAACUGUGUCUGCACCAAAGUCAAUGAAGAAUGUCUUUACACAAUCCAAACUGAGGCUACUCAUAUGUCAGAUGUUGAUCUAAUUUCUCUGCAAGUAAAGCUGACUGAAAAAUUCAUGGCUUGUAAAAAACUUUGGGUCAUAGAGCAACACUAG